ACAAGAGAAGAGAGGAGGCGGCCUCCUCCUCCCCCUCCCGCCUCCUAUAUUAGAGAGGGACUCCCCUCGCAGCGGCAUCAACAGCAAACAAGAAGCUGUCCCUUUCGCUCUCCUCUCUUCUUCCGUUACCACUCACCCUCCCGCUCCUCGCCUUUUAAGGCAUCCUCCCCUCCAAUCCUCCUCCUUGAACCUUGACAGAGAGAGAGAGAGAGAGAGACCAAGAAUGGCUCGUGAGAUGAACGGCUUCUUCAGCCACCCUCCGCCUCCGCCUCCGGCGCCGUACCCGCAGGAGGAGGCGGCCGCGGACGUGGACGACGCGGAGGACGGCCGCGGCGGGCAGGGGAAGCUCUGCUCCAGGGGGCACUGGAGGCCCGCCGAGGACGCCCGGCUCAAGGAACUCGUCGGCCAGUACGGGCCCCAGAACUGGAACCUCAUCGCCGAGAAGCUCGACGGCAGAUCAGGGAAAAGCUGCCGCCUGCGGUGGUUCAACCAGCUGGACCCGCGGAUCAACCGCCGGGCCUUCACGGAGGAGGAGGAGGACCGGCUGAUGGCGGCGCACCGCGCCUACGGCAACAAGUGGGCCCUCAUCGCCCGCCUCUUCCCCGGCCGCACCGACAACGCCGUCAAGAACCACUGGCACGUCCUCAUGGCCCGCAGGCAGCGGGAGCAGUCCGGCGCCUUCCGCCGCCGCAGCAAGCCCGCCUCCUCUUCCUCCUCCAUCGCCCCGGCGCCGCACCACCCGGCCCCGGCCGUCGUCCUCCAGCACCAGCACCAGCACCAGCACCUGUACCAGCACCACGGGGCAUCUCCCAUUCCCAUGCCGCUCCAGCCGUUCGCCAUGGGGGUGGCCAUAGCUACCGGGGUGUACAGCAAGGCCGCUACGGCCACGGCCACGGCCAGCCGCGCCUACAGCGGCGGCGAGUCCGACGAGUCGGCGUCCACCUGCACCACCGACCUCUCCCUCAGCUCCGGCAGCGCCGCCGUGCCCUGCUUCUACCACCACCAGGGCUACGACAUGGCUCCGCAAGCUCACGCCGUGACCCAGGCGUUCUCACCCAGCGCGCGCUCCGCCUUCUCCGCCCCGUCGUCCUCGUCGGCGCGGCAACAGCAGCGCAGGCAGCAGCAGCAGCACGAGGAGGAGGAUGGCGACAAGCUCAGCCUGCCCUUCUUCGACUUCCUGGGCGUGGGCUCGACAUGACCGGGCGGGGCGGGGCGGUGCGGUGUACAGGUGGAGGCCGAUAUCAUCAUCAUCAUCAUCAUCCUAAGGGAGGCGGCCAAUCCUUCCUAGCUAGUUAAGCAAGGUUAGAGUCUAGAAGAAGCAGACUAGGAGAAGAUGAGGAGGAUGAGGAGUUAAGUUGUUUUAUUUAUGGCGAUGAAUGUGACCUCUCUGGUUUCACUCUCCUCAGUUUUGCCGCUGAUUACAGUACUUAUUCAGAUGGGAUUAAAACAAGUCGCAUGUAAUGUAAUGGUGGCAACCCGAACUUAGUUUCAUGUCCUCUUGUCUCUAUUCCA